AGUGCAGAGUACGCGGCGCGGUCCCUCGGCGCGGCCACUCUCGUCCUCCCCGCGCCGCUGGGACCUCCUCCUCUCGCGAGAGGCGCGUGGCGCGGAGCCGGCUGCUGCGGAGAAGCCGGGAGCGAGCCCUGGGCGGCAGUGUUUAGGUCUGCAGCCCUGCAGGAAUGGCAGAUUUUGGGAUCUCAGCUGGCCAGUUUGUAGCAGUGGUCUGGGAUAAGUCAUCCUCAGUGGAAGCUCUGAAGGAUCUGGUGGAUAAGCUUCAAGAGUUGACUGGCGAUGAGGGCCGAGUGUCUGUGGAAAACAUCAACCAGCUGGUGCAGUCUGCCCACAAAGAAUCUAGCUUUGACAUUAUUUUGUCGGGUGUAAUUCCUGGAAGCACCACUCUGCACAAUGCUGAGAUUUUGGCUGAGAUGGCCCGGAUCCUUCGGCCUGGUGGCUGUCUUUUUUUGAAAGAGCCAGUAGAGACAGCUGCAGUUAACAAUAGCAAAGUGAAGACGGCACCUAAGCUCUGUUCAGCCCUGACUCUCUCUGGUCUUGUGGAAGUAAAAGAGCUGCAGCGUGAGUCCUUGAGCCCUGAGGAGAUUCAGUCUGUCCAGGAACACCUGGGUUACCACAGUGACAGCCUGCUGUCUGUGCAGAUCACAGGCAAAAAGCCCAACUUUGAAGUGGGUUCUUCUAGUCAACUUAAGCUUUCUAUUGCCAAGAAGUCUUCAGGGAAGCCUGCUGUGGACCCUGCAGCUGUCAAGCUCUGGACCCUCUCGGCCAAUGACAUGGAGGAUGAGAGCGUGGAUCUCAUUGACUCAGAUGAACUGCUGGAUCCCGAAGAUUUGAAGAAGCCGGACCCAGCAUCCUUGCGGGCUGCUUCCUGUGGGGAAGGGAAAAAGCGGAAGGCCUGCAAGAACUGCACCUGUGGCCUCGCAGAAGAACUGGAAAAAGAGAAGUCAAGGGACCAGAUGAGCUCCCAACCCAAGUCUGCUUGUGGAAACUGCUACCUGGGCGAUGCUUUCCGCUGUGCCAGCUGCCCCUACCUUGGGAUGCCAGCCUUCAGACCCGGGGAGAAGGUGCUUCUGAGCAACAGCGGCCUCCACGACGCCUAGGAGGGGCCAGCCUGGGACCUGUGCCCUCGGCCACUCCUGCCCCUGAACCCCACCACUGUGGUUCCCCCCAUCUCCUCUGGAUUUCCUCACUCUGUCUGAUGUCCGUUUGCGGGGAGGGUGCUCAGUACAGAGUGGGGCCAGCU